CACGUGACACCUGUUGUGAAAAUGUCCGAUUGAACAAGCACCUGUUCCGAUCUAAACUUCGGGAUGUUUACAGUAAGAUGACGGCUCCCAACGUCGUGGAUCAAAUUGAGGACACAUUUCUAUCGUGUUCAAUAUGUCUCCAGUGCUACAAUCAACCAAAGGCAUUGCCAUGUUUACAUACAUUCUGUGAAGGUUGUAUCGAGGACUACAUAAAGAAAUUCACAGGGACCGGUAACCAGGGAAGCGUCCAGUUUCCAUGUCCCAUAUGUCGUCUGGAGGUAACCCUUCCAGAAGGUGGUGUGUCUGCAUUUCCUUACAACCAUCUUAUAACCAGUCUAAAAGAUACACUAAUAUCAUCUUCUCUAAGCCAAAACCAAUCAGGAUCUAAAGGGGACAGACCAGACUUCCCCCUCACAGAAAGACCCACCUCUAAAAAGAGCUCUUUGACGUUUUCUCAGAGAUUUGGGCAGUUUGAUAGUGGACCCGAAGGAUUUGUAAACAUUUCUGGCCUUGCUGUUUGUCCAAAAACAGGAAGGAUAAUUAUUGCUGACUGUAGCAAAAAUACAAUUACAAUAUAUAUCCCUGACGGGGAUACUAAAAAUGUGUCUUUCAAAUGUGACUGUUCUAUCAGAGAUGUGGCUGUAACUAAGGCAGGAUCAAUCUUAGUUACAGUCAGUCGGUCAGGAAAUGCUAUAUUACGUGAAUAUACAACUGAUGGUCGACUGAUUGCACAAUAUGGUGAUGUGUAUAAAAGUGAGAAUCCGUUUGGUAUAGCGAUUAGUAAACGUGAGCGUAUAAUUGUUAGUAGUCUACAAAGAAACAGAGUCCAUAUCUUCACAGACAGAAAGAAACAUGCAUUUUCAUUCGGAACAGGGGGAGAAACUUUAGAACAAUUUCUUUUUCCAUAUUACAUUACAACAAAUAGUAAAAAUGACAUCAUAGUAUCUGACAGCGGAAACCACAGAAUCAAAGUGCACAAAACCGAUGGAAGUAUACGAUGUAUGUUUGGAUCUCAAGGGUCCGCUUUAGGUUCUUUAUUUUAUCCAAUGGGCAUUUGUGUUGAUGAUUACGAUAAUAUUUUUGUUGCUGAUGCAAACAAUUACCGAGUACAGUUAUUUUCACCAAAAGGUGAAUUCCUGGCAUGUCCAGUUCAAAACACAUUCCAGCUGGGUAUUGACGUUAAACCUGUCUGUGUGGCAUACACGAAAAACCAGUUAAUAGUAUCUCUCCGAGGAACCAGAUUUUCAGAAAUUCAGAUUUACGACUGUGAUACUUCAAAAUUCAAAUCAAGGCCAAAGGUUUGCUGUAGUUGUUGUUUCUUCAGAGUAGGGCAUACAGACGAACCACUGGAAGCAUGGUCCUGAUAUCAAAAGGAUUUUAGCUCUUAAAAGAUGCCAAAAUAUGUAUUACUGUAAAUUUUUCAAUUAUGUCUAAUCUAAAAUUCACUGUACACCAUAGAUUUUAAAGAUUUUAAAAGAUUUAUUUUGGAAAUAUUUAUAGUUUUUGCAUGGUUAAAUGAUAAAAUAUCUUAAAUAAAUUUUAUAGGAAAACCUUUGAUAUUGUUUAAAUUUAUACCAUAGAAAUAUAUUUGUUAAAUGUUUUGAAAGUAUUACCAAUAAUUAAGAAAAAAAUAGAAUCAAAACCAAUCUGAUACAUGUAUGUGACCAGUCUCCCUUAUAUGGAUCUGACAACACACUGUUUUAAUUCUGUUUUAAAGACCACUUGGUUUAGUUGUCAUAUAAGUUAUAAUACAUGUUCUAAAUUUGUUGGCAGAAAUUUGAUUGGCUGAUAAGAAUGUUGUUAGAUCCUUGUAAGCUUAAAUGAUUAAAUAUGUACAGUGUAUGCAAGACAUUACUAUAUUCCUGGAAUUAAUACUUGUGCCAUUUGUCUAGGAAAUUUUUGAUUACUCAGAAUUGUACUGCCUUUCUGUGUAAAGAUUUCUUGAGCAUUGUUAUAAAAAAAACCUACUGGCUGUGUCAGUUACAAUAAUUAAUUGGUCUUUUUUAAUUUCAAUAUAACUUAGAUUCUUUACUAUGUUUACACUUUACUGAAGAAAUGUGUCUUUCUCAAAAAAACUACUACAUUGUAGUACGAGUUUAUAAGUAACAGACAUGUCAAUGAAAGAGUAAAACAAUUUAUUUUACUCCAUUCCAAGUUUCAAUAAUCUUCAAAUGCCUUUCUUUA